AUGUCCAGAACUCCAGACCUCAGCGCGAUUACUGGGCAUCUUGCGUCCAUGAGCAUGUGCACCACCGAUACUCCUUCAACCAAAGCUUCUGCCCCCAAAGUCUUCCUGGAUUUGCCCAACGAGAUCCAGGAACGUAUCUUCGAAGCUGCAGUGCCCGCACAUUGGAGUUGGGGAGCCGGAGGUAUUUAUCUCAACUAUCAAGGAACGAGCCCACAGCUGGAGCCUGGCAAGUUGCCGGAAUGGAUUGCGCCAUGGGUUCCACAACUGCGUCUGAUCUCGAAGGCCAUCGAAAAGGUCGUGACGCCGGACAUUGGGCGUCACACUGUUCUUCAUGUCGAUCGCCUUCCCAUCCAGCCUUGGUACUACGAGCAACAUCAGCAGGCGAUGACACAGAAACCUUUGCUGCUUCGCGAGUACUGUCCGAAAUUCUUGGUCGAUCACCUCGAACAGGCUUUCAUCUCAGAUUCCACAGCGACCACAUACCUUCAGCCAAUCGUGCCUCUCGACGUGUCUGGUUUGCCUCAAUUGAAGUACUUGGCCUACUCGUGCUUUGACCCAGCAGAAGGACUAUCGGUCCAGCUCACCACUCUCGCAGCACUCACUCCCGAAAAGAGCAUCGACUACUUGGCCACCCUGACUGCUCGUCUACUCAACUACCCUCAGACCGAAUCUGGUCACGCCCGUGCCAAGGCUGUAGUCGAGCGGCAUGGAGUUCGGGUGUGGUCGAUAGCACUGCUGAGCAAGCACAUGGUCCAGUUAUUCGAGGAUCCGCCAUUGAACUACCGAGUCGUCUGCGAUGCUCUAGCCACGAAAAUGUGUCGAAUCGAACGCACGAACAUCAUCGGUCUUCUGGAUACCACCGUCCUCGCAGUCGAAGUCGUAGACAAAGACGCAGGCAAUUACACUGCAUUCAUCAAGAAACCCGCGAAUGGCAUUGCGAGCUCUGAGCUUGUAUUGCCUGCGAUCGCCGUACACAAGACAAGCUCUCUACUGGACCGUUUUGAGGUCGAAGGGUUUGGUACUCCAGGUGGCCCUUUUGGAAGAACUGCGCUUUCAAGAGCUGCUUCUCGUGUUGUUGAUACCAGAGGAAUGGACUGGAGCGAGUGGACGAGACGGAUGUUCUUUUGA